AAAAUUUUAUCAAGUAUACAAAAGAAUAAAAAUACACACUAAUUCCACUGCUCACCACAAAACCUCGACCUUCAGUUGACACAAUCUCUUCAUCAAUAAUGUCGAGAUUAAUUCUGAGCCCUCAUUUGAUUCCUUCAGUAUCAUCAGCAUCAUUAUCUGUUGCUCACAAAUUUCCCCUCAUAUUCCAAUGGCCCAAUCUAUCCAAACCCCCUCACUCGAUGCUCUUAUUCAACCGCCGCUUCUCUGCCGCCAAGAUAAGCAUGAGCCUCAGAGCCGGCAUUGUUGGUCUCCCCAACGUCGGCAAGUCCACUCUCUUCAACGCUGUUGUUGAAAAUGGAAAGGCUCAGGCUGCAAAUUUUCCGUUUUGUACAAUAGAACCGAAUGUAGGGAUUGUUGCUGUCCCGGAUCAACGCCUCAAUGUACUUUCAGAGCUCAGCAAAUCACAGCGAGGAAUCCCGGCAUCUAUAGAGUUUGUUGACAUAGCUGGUCUUGUAAAGGGAGCUAGUCAAGGGGAGGGUUUGGGUAAUAAGUUCCUAUCACAUAUUCGUGAAGUGGAUUCUAUACUCCAAGUGGUGCGUUGUUUUGAAGAUAACGACAUUGUUCAUGUGAACGGAAAAGUUGAUCCAAAAUCUGAUAUUGAUGUCAUCAAUUUAGAGUUGGUAUUUUCAGAUAUAGAUCAGGUUGAGAAAAGAUUGGAUAAGCUCAAGAAAGGCAAAGCCAAAGAUACACAGUCCAGAGUGAAGGAGGAAGCAGAGAAGUCUGCUCUGGAAAAAAUCGAGCCGGCACUCAUGGAUGGAAAACCAGCUCGAUCAGUUUCUUUGUCAGAUUUUGAAAAGGAUGCCGUGAGGCAUCUAUGUUUACUUACUAUGAAACCUGUUAUAUAUGUGGCAAAUGUGGCAGAAUUUGAUCUAGCUGAUCCUGGAAAUAAUUCUCAUGUUAAAGAAGUCAUGAACCUUGCUUCUGACUUUCAAUCUGGGCUAAUAACUGUCUCAGCACAGGUUGAGGCAGAGCUUAGUGAAUUGGUACCGGAAGAAAGAAUUGAAUAUUUGGCAUCUCUUGGAGUUAAAGAAAGUGGGUUGGGUAAUCUCAUAAGGGCAACAUACAGCCUUCUAGGACUGCGCACAUAUUUCACUUCUGGCGAGAAGGAAACAAAAGCCUGGACCAUACGAGCAGGAAUGACUGCACCGAAAGCAGCUGGCGUUAUUCAUUCCGACUUUGAGAGGGGCUUUAUUAGAGCAGAAACGGUUGCCUAUGAUGAUUUCAUUGCUGCUGGUUCAUUUUCGGCUGCAAGGGAGAAGGGUCUGUUAAGAUCUGAGGGUAAAGAUUAUGUGGUGCAAGAAGGGGAUGUGAUGCUAUUUAGGUUUAACGUCUGAUAGGAAAUGAAAGAUGGAUUAUUACUCGAUGGAGUUGGUCAGCAUGCAGGAAUGAGGAAAUCUUGCAUCAAGACUUUAUUCCUUCCUAUUUUUGCUUCUUCUGAUAUACUAACAUGAUUCUUUUACUAAAUCUUACAUGUACCACACUUACAUUUCACAUGAUAAUAUUUACUGAUUUUAUUUAUUAUACUAAUAAAAAAUGUACUGUUGAGGA